GAAGCUAUGAAGAAAGCUAUCUGGCUCCAUGCACUGCCUCAUGGCAUCAAUUUUAUCCAGGAGAGGCUGACAUCACUUCUUUGCAAUAAUAACAGUGCAAUUAAUCUCUCUGAAGAUUCUUCCCUGCAUGCAUGUGUCAAAUGCAUCAACAUCAAAUAUCACUUU